AUGACGCGCGAUGGCCAUCAGCCGCUUCGAGAUAACGGUCAGCCUCAGCAAUCCGGUGCGGCGCCCAUGAGAUCAGAGGAUUCCUGGAUCGACGUGUCCUCGCAACCGUCCUCUUCCUCCUUUUCCUCUGCUGCCACGAAUGAAGAUAUAAUCACCACCGGCUUACAGAUCGAGCGUGGGGAAGCGGGCGCAUAUCAGCGCCGCAAUAGACGACGCCGUCUACAACAUCUUGCUAAUAUCACUACAGCCCAGGUGGACUAUUCAUCGCGGGAUGCUAGCCAAGCCAGUAGCAGUCAAGAGGAAUACGAGGAGAGCGAGAGCGAGUCUGAUCGCGUCCUUAGUAGCUCAAAUGAGGAUAUAAUCCGCCCAACGUUGCCGGCUGCAUUAUCUGCGCGCUCUGCACCCCUAUCAUCGAGUUCAGACGCUGCAUCCAGCGACGAUGAAGAUGAUACUUCUACUGCCCUAGGAAUGGGAAUCAGCCCAUCACCUUUUGUACCUCAACCAAACAUAUUCACACACCCACCAGCCACGUCAGAACCUGGAUGGCCUGCACGGCGUUCUCAACCAAGUGUCCCGUCUACCUCUACUCACCGCGCAGCGUCACGAAGAGAAUCCUACCCUAGCCCACGAUCAUCACGGAGGACCCAGUAUCAACACAGCCCUUACAAUAUGAUCUCACCUUCCCACCAUGCCGACCACGAUGCCGCCCUUCGUGCCAGCCUAUCAACACUUCUUUCAUGUGCAGCUGCCGCCAGAGGCCUCCCAAAGAAUGAUAAUCGACCAUCACCUACCCCAGCUCCCCCCUCAGGAGGCGGACAACCCGCUUCGUUCCGACUAGUAGGUGCAUCAGUUGCCAUGGGGGAUGAGGGCAGCGAUGAAGAGACCUCAUCCUCGCCGCAGUAUCCAGAAUCAAGUCCGUCUAUAGGAGCACCACAGAGGCACCUCAGAGCACCAACGCUCUCAUCUGACCCAACUGCCGCCAAAGCAAAGCGCCGUUCAAGUUCUCCUAAAGACCGCGGUGUUGCCUCGAAGAAGAGUCGUCGCGUGAGCAUGACAGAUUCAACAAUGACUGUCAGCCCCACGAUCAUGACAUGGGUCAUCAGCGCCGGCGUUGUCGUUCUUUUCUCCGCAAUCAGCUUUUCCGCGGGGUAUAUGAUUGGUCGUGAGGUUGGGCGAGCUGAGGUUGGAAUGAUGGGAGAUGGUGUUCCUGGCCCUCGCCCCUCAGCAGCGUGUGGUCAGGAAGCGGUCCGCGGCGGACUCCGAAAACUGCGUUGGGGUUCUGCGGCUGCAGGAUCUGCUAGUCUUGCAUCAAUGUAA